AUGUGGAACCUAUCAAGGGAAGAACUAGUAAUGGUAGUGCAAAACUAUUAUGACAUAAUCAUGGUCUUAUUUCUCUCUAUUGGAUUAACAUAUUUAGCUUCAAGAGCUUGGAAAAGUGUUACAAACAAGAGAGAAGACAUUCCUGGCCGGCUUGGAUUACCUCUUAUUGGUGAAACUUUUUCUUUUCUUUCAGCCACUAAUAGUACAAAAGGAUGCUAUGAUUUUGUCAGACUUAGACGAUUGUGGCACGGGAGAUGGUUCAAGACAAGGCUGUUUGGCAAGGUCCACGUAUUUAUUCCUAAUCCUGAAGGUGCAAGGACAAUAUUUGCUAAUGACUUUGAUAAAUUCAACAAGGGCUACGUAAAAUCAAUGGCAGAUGCAGUAGGAAAGAAAAGCUUAUUGUGUGUACCAGUUGAGAGCCACAAAAGAAUAAGGCGUCUUCUAUCUGAACCAUUCUCCAUGAGUUCCUUAUCUGCAUUUAUCACAAAGUUUGACAAAAUGUUGUGCGGAAGGCUGCAAAAGCUAGAAGGAAAAGAGAGAAGUUUUAAGGUGUUGGAUUUCUGCAUGAAGAUAACAUUUGAUGCUAUGUGUGGUAUGCUGAUGAGCAUCACGGAGGAUUCAACACUACGACAGAUCGAGAAAGACUGCACUGCUGUCUCUAAUGCCAUGCUGUCCUUCCCAGUCAUGAUUCCAGGCACAAGAUACUAUAAAGGCAUCAUGGGUCGUAGAAGGCUCAUGGAAACCUUCAGAGAGAUCAUUGCUAGACGUAGGACAGGAGAAGAGUCGCCAGAGGACUUCUUGCAGUCGAUGUUGCAGAGAGACUCAUUCCCAGCCAGUGAAAAGCUUGAUGACUCUGAGAUUAUGGAUAAUCUUUUGACAUUGAUAAUUGCAGGACAGACUACUACUGCAGCAGCAAUGAUGUGGAGUGUAAAAUUUCUACAUGACAACAGAGAUGCACAGGACAUACUCAGGGACGAACAGUUGUCUUUAACCAAAAUGAAGCCAGAAGGAGCUUCACUUAAUCAUGAAGACAUCAACAACAUGCGUUAUGGUUUGAAGGUAGUUAAGGAAACACUAAGAAUGUCCAAUGUCCUAUUAUGGUUUCCUCGUGUUGCACUUAACGACUGUACAAUUGAAGGCUAUGAAAUAAAGAAAGGCUGGCAUGUUAACAUCGAUGCAACUUGUAUACAUUACGACUCAGAUCUAUUCAAGGAUCCAUUGAAAUUUAAUCCACAAAGAUUUGAUGAAAUGCAAAAGCCCUACAGUUUUAUACCUUUUGGAUCAGGGCCUAGGACUUGCCUUGGGAUGAAUAUGGCAAAAGUGACAAUGUUGGUCUUUUUACACAGGCUAACUAGUUGUUACACGUGGACCCUUGAUGAUUUAGAUACUUGCUUAGAAAAGAAAGCACACAUACCUAGACUAAAGAGUGGCUGUCCAGUAACGUUGAAGUCCAUAAGUAAGAGCACGACAGAGACAGAGGCAUAG